CUUUUUUCUUUCUGCAGCAACAGCAACAAUUCAUCGCCAUCAUGUUUUCAGCAACAGCACAUUCUCCGUCGUCUACCACAGCAGCAGCAGCAGCUGCAGCUGCAGUAUCAUCCCCAAAUGCCGCGGGACCCAACGUUGUACCACCAACUAUUCAGUGUCAUUCCAAAAGUCAUUUUGUCGCUACUUGGCCAACGACACCCAGCACGGUAGCAGCUGCGACUACCACUACACCGACAGCAUCAUCACCAACCUCGUCUAUAGCGCAAAGUCGAAGCUUAAGCCAACACCAUCGAUACUAUUACGAUUUCUGCACGAAAUGCGGUGUCGACACUUCGCGAUUCUCACACGAAGAUUAUUGUCCUGAAUUUUCCCGGUGAAGAGACACAGGCCUAUGCACAUCCAGAAAGACAAAGCGUAUCACCAUCAACCUCAGCUGGCUGCUGUUGUAUUUCAUUUGGACCCACCAUCAUGUCGAUUUCUUUUUCCCGGAUCGGGCAAAAGACCUGAAUUUGUACAUAUUUCCUACUGUAUACCCUCGUUUAAUUUUGUCGUUGUCCCAUACUUUUGUGCUUUAAUAAUAGUUACCAAGUUUCCAUAUUGCGUUAAUACAUAUGUAAUUUGUAAUGAUAGAUUAAUAAAUUACGGUUUAUUUCUAAACCGAUGUCUGACCUUCCGCG